AUGAAGGCUGACUCUUACCUCAACCUGUGUAUUGAGCAGGCCCGUCUCUCGCCGCUCCACUAUCGCCAUGGCUGCGUCGUCGUCAAGGGUGGCAAGGUCGUUGGCCAAGGUUUCAACGACUACCGCCCUGGCUUUGACGGCGGCAGUGCUCUGAAGACCGGUAUCCUGCCCAAGGGCGCCUUCUCUUCCGCUGAUGAGGGUACUAAGCUGAAGCCCAAGAAGCAACAGCAGCUGGGCAACAGUAGUACGUUCAAACCCGUCGAAGCCCUCUCUGGGAACUGUGGCAGCGGCCAUCAUACCAAUGCCCAUUUGUCCAUGCACUCAGAGAUGAUGGCUAUCAACUCUGCCCUGGCCUCAUCCUCUGCGCUGGCUGCCAGUAGCCUGUGUCGCAUUAAACCCCAAUUCAAAUUAUCGGGUGGUUCUAAACGAAACCGUGCCUCACGCAACCAGGCUCUCGCCACCUACGUCCGCGCCGUCUGCCUCGAGACUGUCCGCGGCGCGGAGGCCCAGCAGCAACAACAACCCUCUCGUCAGAAGUUCAAGGUGAAGGGUCAUCAUCAUCAGAAUCAAGCCCAUCACGAAGAGGAGGAGGUUUACAAGGAGGAGCAUUCCUACAACAAACAACCGCGUGGGUAUCAUUCUAAUCAGAAAAAGGAGUACAAGUCGCGUAAAAAGUCGGCGAAAGCCAAGCUGGCUUCGAAUAACAAGCAGGCAAUCUUGGGCCGCGCGGCCAAGGACACGGUGGAGUUGGGCGCGAGUCGUCACAAGAACAAAUUUGGCCAACGCAAGACACAGGCACGGAACGAGCACCUCCUUGUUCCACAUAGACAGGCUGCAACGUCCUCUGCAGCAGUCAAGGAUCGCAUGAAGCACCCCAAGCUUGUCGGGGCAGACCUGUACGUCGUGAGGCUCGCCAAGCAAGACUCUUGCCAGCAUUCCAAGAAAUUCCGUGCUUCACGGCGUCUGAAAGAGGGUCCCACUGAGGUCGACGUCUCAGAGUCACUCAGCGUCUCAUCCGAACAGUCUUCAUCAUCAAGAUCUCUCCACGACGAACUCACUUGCAAGGUAUCGGGAUUUGUUGAAGCGCCCCGUGGGUCUAAUGAGAGCGAGAAUAAUCGCGUUGUGGCCGAGUCUCGUCCGUGCUACCGCUGUGUUUCGUACAUGCACUCGGCAGGUAUCAAGCGUGUCUUCUGGACAACGAAUGAGGGCAAGUGGAAGGGUGCCAAGGUCCGAGAUCUGGUCGAUCAGCUCGACGGCGCUACGGCUGCUUCGGAUUCACCUCUGGGCUUAUCUGUCCCCGAUGUCUUUGUAACCAAACAUGAAGUGUUACUGCUUCGACGGUUGAUGAUGGGUGGGGAGAGCCAAGAAACAGCGCCUCAGGAUUAA